AUGGCGUCGAACCAGGAGUCGGUCGCAGUGUACUCGGUGGAGAGCGUGGAGCUGGAUGAGUCGGCGCUGAAGCCUGCGGAGCGCGGGGGCGCGACCUUGACGCAGGUGGGCAAAGAUGCUCGCAAGUGGAAGCUCGUUAACCCGUCAAGUGGAAGUCUGCCGCCACGGAGUGGGCACUCGGCAGUCAGCGUUGACGACAAAAUCUACGUGUUUGGUGGUCUCAACGUCGCUGCGGGUGCAAUAUCCAACGACGUGUUCGUCUUCGACACGCGGACGUCGUCCUGGUACGAAGCCACAGUGGAAGGUGACGCACCGUUCCCCCGUAAUGCCCACGCUGCGAUUAUCCUCCCCGAGAAGGACGAGUCUCCCGAGAUCCGACGCAUGCUGGUGCACGGUGGCUCGUCACCCGAGUUUGGAGCUUCCGACGAGCUCUUCCUACUCCACAUCCCAGUGCACAAUGGCGAGAAGGCUCUGCGGUGGGAGAAGCUGAGCUCGGGUGGCGAGGCCCCAGAGGCCCGGGAGCUCCACUGCGCGCUGCUGCAGUCCGACAGCACGAUCUGCUUCGCUGGAGGACGGAACUUUGACGGCAAAGUAUGCACCGACAUGGCAAUUUUAGACGUCGAGAGCUGGACGUGGCAGCUCGUGCCAAUGUGCGAGUGGAAUCGGUGCUCGCUCGCCGCUGGGGUUAUUGACGGCGAACUCAUCAGCUUUGGCGGUUGGGACGGCGGCCGUAUCUGCGGUGACUGCUGUCGCUACUCGGACGAGGAGGAAUCCUGGAUCCAGGUGACGUUGGGCGAGUGCAACGACGGCGAGCAGGCGACUGAACCGGCGGUGUCGGAGGUCCCGGAGCGCUUCGGGCAUUGCGGUGCGACUGUGACAAUGCAGGAACCACCCCAAGCAAUUGCGAAGACCCAAAGCCAGGGACUCUUGAUCUUCGGUGGGAUGAACGCUCAAAGCGACUUGAACGAUCUCGUUCUUGUCACUUCUAGCAAAGCUUGUGAAUGA